AUGGCGUCCUCUAAAGCAGUGAUCUUGAUCGGUGGUCCUUCCAAAGGUAUGUUUCUCAGUCCAGGCCAUCCCCGUAUGGAAUGCGUACGACGUUUCACACCGCCCGAGGACCCGCUUCGUAGUCACGUCGUCGUCGACACGUUCGACGGGACGGACUGACGGGCUGACUGACUACUGACCGAUCGACUGACCACCACGUCGCACCUCCGCACACAGGUACCCGCUUUCGUCCCCUGUCGCUCGAUAUCCCCAAGGUGUGUACGACCACUUGUCUCUUCGUGCACAUCUCGUGUGCUAACCUGUGGACCGCAUCCGAUCGACCAGCCGUUGUUCCCGAUCGCGGGUCGCGCGUUGCUGUGGCAUUCGAUCCAAGCCGCGUCCAAAGUCGACGGCCUGCACGAGGUCAUCCUCAUUGGCUUCUGUACGUCCUACGAUACAGUACUUUGCGAUAGUCGGCGAGCAAUCCUUCACAAACUGAUUGCUCGUGGACGCUCUCCCGUUCCCGCAAUCACGUUUGGACGCGUAGACGACGAUGCGAUCAUCGCUCCUUUCGUCAAGGCCGCCUCAAUCGACUUCCCCAACCUCUCGAUCCGGUGAGCCCCUACAAUACGUUUGGCAUGUACCAGGCACUGACUUGUUCUUCCUACGCAGUUACAUGCGAGAAUAUCAGAGUCUAGGCACAGCAGGGUAAGCUCCAGUUCACUCCCCUUGCGAGAGAGAGAGAGGCGAUCCCCCCCAUCUCUAGCACUAAUUACCAUCCCCCCCCCCCCCAUUUCUGUUGUGCAGCGGUCUCUACCACUUCCGAGACUCGAUCUUGCGCAACAACCCGGACCAGAUCUUUGUGCUCCACGCCGACAUUGCUUGCAACUUCGUGCGUCCCGUUCGACAAUAGAUUCCCUCGCAGAAACAACCAACCCCCUUUCCUGACCCCCACCGAAUGGAUGCACCGUCCACAGCCCCUGGCGCAACUCAAGGACUUCCAUGAUCGUCACCGUGGAGUUGGAACAGUCAUGGGUGUCAAGGUCAGUCUAACGAAAACUUUGUACCGAGCAUCGACGCGCUCGAGGCUGAUGCAGUCGACUUCCCGCUUCGCCAGGUCCCCCGUGAGACGGCCACCAAGUUCGGUUGCAUCGUCAUCGACCCGGAGACUCAGCAGGCUCGCCACUACGUCGAGAAGCCCGAGUCGUUCAUUUCGGAUACCAUCAACGGAGGUUCGUCCAUGCUCUCUGCAGCUGCUCACAAUGGCCGUAGGAAACUGACCCGUCGAGCCCCUGAUCCGAUCAACCGCUAGGUAUCUACCUCUUCGACAAGACCAUUUUCGACGAGAUCCGCGUCGCGAUGGAGACAAAGCUGCGACGCAACGCCGACGACCCGACCUUGGCCCAGGAUGACCAGUUGCGCCUCGAACAGGACGUCAUCGCGCCUUUGGCUGCGAGCAAGAAGCUCUAUGUCUACCAGGCCCUCGGCGCAUGGACACAGAUCAAGUCGGCUGCGUGAGUGUUCUUGAACACACAUGUAGAUGAAUAGACUAUCCGCGCUGACACAUUUGAGGCGUCUGUCUUCCCAGCUCCGCAAUUCCCGCCAACACACUCAUCCUCGCGUCGUACAAGACGACGAACCCUUUGUUGCUCCGACGCCGUUCCCCGACGAUCACGGCCGAGAACCGCGCCCACGCCUCGGCGAUGGCGCGUGCGUCCAAGUCGAUCAAGGCCGAGAUUAUUGAACCUUGCUUCAUCGACGAGACGGCCGAGGUCGACCCGACCGCCAAGGUUGGACCCAAUGUCAGCAUUGGUGCCGGCGUCAAGAUCGGGUACGGGUGCCGCGUCAAGGAGUCGAUCAUCCUCGACAACACAACACUCGAUGUAUGUCCACCUCUUAUUCUCCACAGCUCAGGAAGGUCCGACCCAGCUGAGACAUGUUUGUAUCCUGUGACUGUGGACUUGAUGUGGGACUUGCAGAAAAAUGCGUACGUGAUUAACUCGAUCAUCUCGGAGGACUGCAAGCUCGGCCCCUGGUCGCGCGUCGAAGGUUCUUCCUUUGGCGACGAGAAGCAAUCGAUCGCGAUCCUGGCCAAGAACGUCUCGGUGCUCAGGGAGGUCCAUGUGCGCUCGUGCAUCGUCCUCCCUUCCAAGGUCUUGUCCAAGAAUUCCAAGAACGAGGUAUUGCUCUAA